AUGAUAAUACGAAAGCACGACUUCGUCUUAAUAGACGAUGAGCUUAAAUGCAGGCUUCACAAGAUUGUAGAUAUGAAAAUAAAAAUAAAGAAAAACUAUAUCAACUUAUUAUUCCUAGUGAACAAAAAAUAUGGAUCAACCUAUACCUUUAUGAAUAAUAAAUGGGUUAGGAGCAAAAAAAAAAAGUCAAAACUAGAUAUUGAUUGUAGUGAAGAUAUUAAAGGCACUAAUAAAGAUAUUUUUUAUAAUAACAAUUCACAAAAAUUAACAGAGGAAAAUAUUGCAGAAUUAAAAGAAGAGAAUUUCGAAAACCCAUAUGAAGUUGUUCAGAAAUUAGUGGACAACUCAACAACAUUUAAAGAGAAAACUAUCAUUUCGAAAUUUAAAUAUGUAGAGAAAAAGUUAAAGAGACAUUUCUGUCAAUUUACAGUAUAUGAAUGUAAUAUAGUUAACUUGGUUAAUUUUUAUUAUAAAUAUUUUCCCGAAAAAAUUUCCUAUGUGCGUAUCGACUACUUAGCAAAUCUGCUUUUUCACUUGAACAGAGAUUACUAUGUAAGGAGUGACACUCAUUUAAACGACGAGAAGAUAAAAGCAGUCUGGUCGAUCCAACACAAACUGGAUGAAGAGAAGAAUAAAAGUAGUUUGACUAACUAUAGAAGCGAUAACAUUGACGAUGAUUUAUUUUUCAAACACAACAUUUUAAUAUACGAUGAUUCGUUCGGUCUGCUCACUAGUGUUAUAAAUAUAAUAUACAAAUUUAAUGUAAAUAUUUUUUCCUUGAUACAUAAAAAUUCCAGUAAUGCAAUAAUACCAAGUUUUGGUAUAAGGAAAAAUACAAAUAUUGUGAAGGUAAGUAUAAGUGAAACUGCUGUAGGGGUAAACUCCAGGGCCCAUGCCUACUUUAAUGAACAUUUUGAUUUCGUUCAUUCGUAUGAAGGGGAGAAGCACAACGUAGUAACUGGGAGAAAAAUGGGUAAGCAUCAACCAAACAUUAGAAAAAACGAGAAAGACGAAUUCAUUACAACUAAUUAUUUUGUGAACGAAGAAAAGGCAGUAAAUAGUUAUACUUCUAAAAAUGUUAGAAGUACAAACAAAGGAAGUGUAAUGGAGCAGCAUAACUGCAAAGAUGGCUUCGGGGGGAUAGGCAACGACACUGUUGGCAGUUGGAACAACUCCGAAAAGGAAGAAAAUGAGCAAUAUGAAAAAGCAGACCAGAAUGACGAAAAGGGCAAAAAAGGCCAAUAUGGUGAAACAAACUCAAAUGACGAAACAAACCAAAAUGAAGAAGUACUCCAAAAUGAAGAAGUACUCCAAAAUGAAGAAGUACUCCAAAAUGAUGAUAUCCUUUCCGUUUCUGAGGAAAAGGGAACGAAAAGAAAACUAGACGAGUUGUACGACAAAAGGAACAAUGAAAAAACAAUUCCUGAGUAUAAAAAAAGCAAGGGCAACGAUAGUGGUGUGCAUAUUACAAAUGUACCUGCGCCAAAUGCCGAAAUGGAAAUGAGUCUUUUACACGAUAUUAACUUGAGAAAGGCAGAGUCAUUUGUUAUUAUCUUAUCAAGUGAGUUUAUGUACAAAACUAAUACGGACGUUAAUAUGCUAAUAGAUCGCCUUAUCAAUGUAUCCUUGAAAUAUUUAAACAAUGAUGGUAAAAUAAUCAUACAUACAGAUGAUCUAAACAUAUUAAAUAUUUUUCUUAAAUUGUUAAUAAAAACGAAGGCCUUUAUUAAUAUUAAAUUAAAUGAAUACAUAUUAAGAGAACAGCAGGUCGUGAAAAGGCGUACUCAUCCAGUUAUAAAAAACUCAAAGUUGGCUGAUGGGUUUUUACUGACUGCGCUCAAAGUCCAGGGCUAG